AUGAAUGGAGAUAUUGUAUUUAUCUCUGGUAAAUAUGUUGUCGAAAAUUCUGAGCCAUAUUUCACUAUUGCAUACUCAAGUAUUAUUGACAGUAGUAAUCCUAAUUGUGAAUUUGAUAUAAGUGAUGUACCUAUAAACUAUUUGGGCUCUAAUAUUAAAUUACAAUCUAACUAUUUUGUAUCCGGACUUCUUAAAUUUUCAAAAUCUGAUAAAAUUAUGAUUGAGGCUACUGACAUUGAUUCUCUUAAAACCUCUACUAUUAAUAUUACUAGAACUGAAAGUUCUCAAUCAGCAACAGAAGGUGCACCUUCAAUAAUUGAUAUUAUCGAUAAUAAUCUUGAUUCUAUUACCAUACAACAACAUAAUUUAUUUAAAUCUUCGACCAAUGCUAAUGGUAAUGUUGACCAAUCUUAUGAUACAAUAAAAUCUGAUAUUAUUAAUACUAAUAAUAAAGUAAACUGA